UGAAACUUUAAUUCAUUCAAGAACGGAUGUUAUUCCUCGCCUCCUUCCCCCCUUUCCUUCCUUCAUCCUCGUUACAACUACCACUAGCACCAAGGCCCAGCUAGGCUCACGCGGAACGACUUGUUUGUCUUAUUAGCCGUGCCUUUAUCUACUGCUUAGCGAUGUCGCACGUAGCCGCCCAAACCGCUAGUCCAACAGACGGGAAAAAGGCAAAUGAAACUACUACUCCAAACAUUCUCCCUCCAACGAGCCAACAACAAACCUUCACGCUUCCCUCGUCACCCUCCAGCCCACCUUCCUUCAAGUUACCUCCGGAUCUGGAUCUAACCAGACCGAUUUCGCAACUAUUGAGGGAGGGUACGGCAGAUGUUCAUACAGCCGUUGAGGAUUCCGAAGGCGCACAAUUACUUACACAGGGCCAACUUGGCAAUCGGGAAUAUACGAGGGUUCUGUUUAUGCUUUGGCAUAUUUACGAUGAACUGGAACGAGGACUGUACGAACAUCGUGAACAUCCGGUCCUAUACCAUAUCUACCACCCACGAGUCUUCUCUCGCGCAUCAGCUCUCUCCUUCGACAUAUGUCAUCAUCUCGGAACCGUGACAUGGCAAACCGAUCCUUUCUACGUCUCCUUCUACAACAACAUUCCCAAACCCGUUCAAGCUUACAUCGAUCGUCUUUCCUAUCUUGGUCGUUCUGAAGCUACGAGCGAAGAGGUAUCCUGUCUUGCAGCGCAUGCGUACGUACGGUAUUUAGGGGACUUGAGUGGAGGGCAGAUGAUUAGGAGGAAGCUCAUCAAGUCGUAUGGAUUGUAUGAGGAUGGUGAAGGGAGUGCGUUUUAUAAUUUUAGGACGUUGGAUUAUAGGACUGGCGAUCGGCCUGCGGAGAUGCAUGAGAUUAGGAAGAUUAAGGCUUGGUUCAAGGAAGGGCUUGAUGAGGCUGUCACAGAUCCUAAGCUAAAAGAACUCGUCAUCGCAGAAGCACAUGCUGCUUUCCUUUACAAUGGGGGUCUGUUCUCCUGCAUAGACACCACGCAAACGCUAGAGAAAGAGAACGAAUUAAAAGCUCAAUCUGCUUCGGCGUACCCAGGCGCUCAUAUCACUCAGACGUUGCUUAGAGCCGGGAAUGGUGGCGGGGUGAUGACUAGUGUGGGGGCGUUUGCUGCGUUGGUGGUGUUAGCUGCAUGUGGGGCCCAUUUGGUGCUGACGAUGGGUGGGGUGACGGGUGAGGGUGGGAAGAAAGGGUUGGAGGGUGUUUAUGGGUGGUUGGUUUCGGGUUUUGCUAGGGCAAACGGAAGUGGCCAGGAGCAGGCGAGCGUUGUGUAGGAUCGGCCAGAUGGGUCUGCUCGUCAUUGAUAACCACGAGUUCGCUGCAAUCAGGUCCUUCCCAUUCCAUUCUAACAUUUGCUUAAUUGACUGGACGGUCACGUCCAUACAGGAAAUUCAGUCUUCUUGGUUCCAUGGUUUACAUUUCGCAAAUUUUGUAUACUACCUG